AUGCCGUGGAUUCCACGCAAUGAUCUUUACCUGCUUCUCUUGCAUUUUCUCUCAGAAGAGAUGCGAAAGUUGCAAGAAUGGAUAAAGGGGAGGGAGGUAAUAUCCAAUGAAGAUUUGCAGCGCGUCUACUACCUUCAGCAACUCCCUCCAGCACUGUGCCCACUUGUGAUGAAUCUGUCCUCACCAACUCUGGAGUUCGAAGCCACCUCGAUGUGA